AUGCUGCUGGGUAUUGCCACCGAUCCGGUAUGGCAUAAAGUCAGGAUAAGACUCAUUUUGAAGAACAAGGGCCAAGGCGAAAAUGGAGAUGGCAGCGAGCCUGAGUUCCGACUUCCACCCGCUAUGUUCGGGUCUAUUCUUGUUCCAGUGGGAAUUUUCAUGUUUGGUUGGUCCAUGUACCCUUGGGUGCAUUGGAUAGUUCCCAUCGUUGGUACAGCCAUGUUCGGGGCUGGAAACAUCCUUCUUUUCACUGGUAUCUGGACCUUUCUGGUUGAAGCUUAUCCCAGGUAUGCUGCCAGUGCGCUAGCUGCCAAUUCUUUUGUCCGUUGCCUGGCGGCUGCUGCAUUUCCGCUGUUUGGAAAUCAGAUGUACGUGAGGCUCGGGUUUCAAUGGGCCUCAUCACUUUUAGGCUUCUUGGCUAUUGGAAUGAUGGUCUUUCCUUACCUAUUCUUCAAAUAUGGAAAGCUUAUUCGUGGCAAGACAUUUUCACAAUUCCACGAUAUGGACCUGUAA